AUGUUUGCCUUUGAUUUUAGUAUACCGUCUAGUGAAGCAGAAGACUACUAUGUUGAUUUUGGUGAUCAAUUUUAUAAGGGGUCUAUUCCUGAUAAAAAGGAUAAUAGUGGUACCGUGAGUAAUACCCAUAGUACGGAUCAGCAUAGUCAUAAAGAUGACCAUCAAAUCAAUUUUAUUGCAGAUGAUUUCUCUUAUGGUGGAUACUGUUACGGUGGUGCCAUGGAAGGAGAUGAUGAGAGAUUUGUAUCAUCUUUAAAUGUCCAAGAUGGGGUCAAUUUUAAAUAUACUAUGCAAGAUUAUCCUGUUUUUGAUUAUAAUGCUCCACAAACUAGUGGUAAAACUGUUCCUUUGACAUCGUCACCUUUACUUAACAAGGGUAGUCACGAUUACGGAUAUAGUGCACCUCUUCUAGGUUUAUUGGAUAACUGGAACGAUAAAGAGUCAGGCUUUGGUUAUGGUCUAGAUGCUCUUAUUCAUUGUGUUCAGUUUGGAUUUGGACCACAACCUUCUUUUCUAGUGGCAGCUCCCUCUUUUUUUCAAGAGAUACGAAGUAAAUCACAAGAUGUUUAUUACGAUUUAGACGGUAUAGAAAACGCGACAAUAUCAACAGAAACAUAUUCUACAAAAAACAAUACCUCUAAUGCAAGAGGAGGAGGUGGUGGAGGUGGUGGUAGUAGUGGUGGUACCCGCAAAAAGAGUGAUAAUAUCUUUGGAGAUGCAGUAAAGGGACGUACGAAUUUAGCACCUUUUGGCUUUCCAGAACGACGUCGAUCAUCUGGUGAAGGUUCUACUAGAGAGCAAUAUGCUGAUAAACGAGAAGCAUUCGCAAGAGAAGCUCGAGGUUACAUGCAGGAAAUGGGUUUCAUCCUUAGUCAACUAUUUGAAGAAAAUGAUAAUAGUGUUAAUUAUGGGGGGAAAAAUAUGAAUUCCAGCACUACUCGUAAAAUGGAUGCAGCUAAUUUAGAAGCUGUAUUAACUGGAGAGUCAACUUCGCAUAUUAAACCGCAAUUGUCAUUACCAUCUUCAGCUUCACCCAAACGAAAAAAGUCAGAUUCUGUUAAUUUAAAAAAUGAAGCAAUCACACAAGGAAAAAAAACAUCCUUAACUACUACAUCAUCUAAGCCUCAGGAAAAUAAAAAGGCCUCUCCCACAGGAGAAAAUAAAAAAAAUAUAGAUAUGGAGUACCCUGUUUUCGAUGUUGAUACUUUACGUGAAUCUCUUAUGUGGCCAAAGUUUACUGUAAAACCUUCUCGUGGCGGGAGUUCAACAAAGAGAGUAUCGGAGAGAAAUACUGCAUUAUCGGGUAGGCUUGAAGGUCCAGAAAUAAGUGAAGUAUCACCGACUACGCAACAAGAAAAACGUCAUUAUUUUGAUGACAUAAUAGACAGUAUGGAAUAUCCUUCUAUAGAGGGUCUUAGAGGUAAUGCCAUGUUUUUGUCAUCAGAUGAUCUUCCGUUAUUUCCGCAAUUAGCACGCACUGUUACUGGUAAAGAACUCUCAAAGUUCACUGGACCUCCUACAAUGACACCAGAAGCAGAACAAGAUUUUUACAACCGGUUAGAGAAAGAUCUUAGAGAGCAAGAGCAACGUAUUGUGGAAGCACGAAAACGAGCUAAUGAUAAAGCUGAACGGCGUGUUUCAAGGAUGGUAGUUAUUGAUAAACGAUAUGCCAAAAAAGCAGAUGCCUGUGAAAAGUCUGAUACUAAUCAAAUCAAGAAAUUACAAGAACAACAAAAAGAGAAUGAAGAACGACGAGCUCGUGUGCAAGCAUUUUUAGAAAAACGUCGUGCCAAAGUAUCAUCAAUGGAAAAAGAAGUGAAAAAAGAAAUAAUACCACCAGAGUUAAAACAUACUGAAGUAUGUACUUCCUCUGUAGAAGAGGUACGUGCAUCAAAUGCAACUUCUGGACGACGUAUAUUUCAUGAGCGGAGAAAAAGUAGUACAAAACCUUUGGUUCAUGUAGCCGUCCCAUAUCUUGAUGAACAACAACUUGAAGAACGGUAUAUUAAUGAUACACUUAUAGAACCAGAAGUACCAUCUCGUAGGGAAGAUAAUAUCGACUCAAAACUCCAUGUUAGUUCAUUGGUAAUUGUGCAAAAAUCAACAGAAGAGCAAAGAAAUCGACGCGUAAAUAUUGCUUUGCAAAGUGAUAAAAUAAUAGAAAUACGUCAAUCUCAUGAAAUGCCACGAUAUUUUGAGGUUGAUGAAUACUUGGAAUCUUGUGAUGAUAAAAAUCUUUACUCUGUAACCCUUUUAGGAUUGAAACGAAAAUUUCUUUCAGGUUUUAAUGUAGCUAUGUUCUUGGCAGGAAGUGAAUCAGCAUUAUUAUUGAGUUGGAGAGCUGUUCGUGAAGUAAUGGAAGGUGUGUUUCGUGACCUUGAUAAAGAUAGUGAGUUGUUUCUCUCUGUUGCACUUGUUCGUGAAGGGCUUACACAGGACCUUCUUUCUGAAUCUGGAAGAAUGGUAAGGACAACGUUUAACUUUUCAGCAUUACUGGAUGUUACCCUUGAUAAUGUUUCCUAUACCAAAUUACAGGACUUAAAACACUUUUCUAAACUUCUUGCACAUGCUUGGGAGUUGGCCAGACUUAAUCAGACUCAUCAUAGUGGUUUUAUCGCUGUAUCUAUUGUUUUAAAACAGAUAAAGGAAAAUGAUUUAAUCUUAUCAUCUAUGUUGGUUACAAGUGGUAACUGUUCCGUAGAUUACCUUAAUGGGGUAUUAAGAAAAGAUGGUCGAGAAGUAAAUCGUUUAUUUAAUGGAGCUUUAGGUGGUUCAUACUUUACAGUAGCCGUUUUAGCACUUGAUGAAGAAGAUGAAGGUGUUGUGCAACUCAUGAAUACACAACGCAAACUUGCAUCUAUCAAAAAUAGACCUGGUAUCCAAGGAAGUGCGAAACGGUACAUUGAAAGGGCCGAAGAGGAAUUAGCUAGUUGCAAAAGGAACGAUAAGGCUAAACUGCUAAAGUGUAAAUAUUUGCAAGAACAAGUUUUAAUGUUAAAACGUGCUUUAUUUGAUCCUAAAAAAUAUGUUCCAGGGGAAGACGUGAAUGAGUUAAGCAAGCGUCAUUCCACCCAGAAAACCAAUGUUAAGAACGAUGGUUGUAAGGAAUCCUCCUCUAAGGAUCCUAAUGCUCCUCUCUUGAGUAAGAAAAUAGCAGUUAUGGAUACUGUACAAGAACACAAACAAGGAAAAAAACAACAACCACAACCACUCCAACAACCACUACAACUACAAACGCCACCACAACACUUACAAAGACAGAAACCUAGUUCAGGGAAUUCCUUGAUAAGUCAGGAUACACCAUUAAAGAAACCUAUUAAUCAACCACCCUCACGUCUAUCACCAAUGAUUAUACAGGAGAAAUUAAAGCUACCACCUCCUAUGGAGAAACCCCAUCCCACAUCCAAGUCCCCUGUGCAAGUAUCCCAAAAUGGAUUACCACCCAAAACGGUAAAUGGUUCAAAAGAUAAAUGUGUACUUCCAACUCUUGCUAGUGUUUCCACGUCUCUGAAUAAAAUGAUUGUACCCAGUACAAAUGCCCAUAAGAAUAUUCAUCCACCUCCUCCUCCUCCUCAAGCAACGACGACAACAACUAGUCAAGGCGGUUUAGAUGCACUCGCACUAGAGCCUGUGAAGCGACGUGAAGGUCGACGUCAUCAAAUUUCUUCCACAUCCCACCCAGGAGGGAAGGAACCAACAAUGGUAAAGAAUUCUUCAAAUGCUGCAAUAUCUAGUCAAAGGAUUCCAUGUGAACCGGUACGGGUCCCAAUACCUCUUAAACUUCCUCCUUGCAGGGAACUAUCUCGUAUCAAGUCUGAGAACUCAUUAAUGAGUCAUCAGAAUUCUACUCUGCAGAGAAGAUUGCUAGAAGGAGGAGUGACAAGGGAUGUCCCGUUAAAUCUUUGUCGAAAUUCCAGUACACCUUUAAUACGUUCACUUUCCGUUUCUGCUACUGUUGGUGCAACAGCGAGUACAAGGUAUAUUAAUCGUACGGAGGUUCCUUUGCAGAAACCAAUGUUUAGAGAUCUUGAGGCAUUAUCUAAAGGAUCUGAAAUGACUUUAAGUGGAAGUAUCAGUCCAGAGAUGUGUCCUUCUACCUCACAUUUCUCGCGUGCAAAAGGUAUGGGUGAGAAUGCUGUACGAACUCCUCUCACAGAACAAGAGGAGUACGUUGAAGAAGAAUGUGACGAAUAUGAAGAAAGAGGGGAGAGGAACGUCAACGGGAAGGGUAAUAAUGGUAAUAUUCAUCAUCAUCAUCUUGUUAACAGUGGUGAAGAGAAUGAGCAAAGUUCCGGGAGAAAGUAUGCUCCCUCUACUGAUAGUUCAAUUCCUAGCUUAUCUAAAGUACGAACUCUCGUCAUGGUAGACUCUGGAUGUAAUGAAUCAGCUAAUGUAACUCAUGAUGAAACAACAGUUAUUGUAAUGACAGAUGAUGAUUUUGAAGAGUAUGAAGUAGAUGAAGUAGUUGAACGUUCAGAUGAUUCUGAGGGUGUACAGUCAAAAGUUUUAAAUGAGUUACGUGAUACAUUUCUUCUAGGAUGUAAUGCAGCUAUUCUUGCUGCUGACAGUCGUUCUUCUGCGUUAUCAACGAUAGCAUUAAAAAGUGUUGUUCGUGAAGUACUGGAAGGUAUUACUGAAAAAUCUGAUUCCCCUCACCCAAAGUGUAGAGGUACACUUAGUAUAUCAAUAGUUCAGUUAAACGGUGAGACAGUUCUUGAUCUUCUUAAAGAGAAUAGUACAGCGCAAAAAUUAGUAAUAGCUAUUUCUCCUAUUUUUGGACCUUGUGUACACAAUGUCACUCGUCUUCGUGUUGAUAGUGCUGUUCUUUUUGAUUCCAUGUUAACAUCAUCUCUUACUCGUGCUGCAGAAAAAGGACGUGAAUAUGGAGUUGUUUUUGUAUCUAUUGUUUUAAAACAAAAACAACAGGGAUUAAAAGAUGUUUUGAUAUCAUCCCUCGUUACUUGUUUUGUAGGAGAAAAUGUUGGACUCUAUGCAGCUGUGUUAGAUCGUAGUCCUCUUGUCCCUCGUCCAUUAUUUCACUACGCCUUGGGAGGUCCCUGUUAUACAGUGGCCCUGCUUGGUUUUAGUGGAGCCGAGACUCGGGCAAACCGAAUGCUUGCCGUACAGAAACGUCUUGGAGAAGUAUUAAACCGUCCAACACAUCCAGGCAGUAUUAAUAAAUUUAUUAGUGGGAUUCAUAAUGAUCUUGAACCCAGUUUACGCAAGAAACUACAAGAACAAGAUGGCGAUGAAGCUGAAUCUACAAGAAUCAUUCUAAAGCGUCUAGGGGAGAUGGCACGAGAUGCGGAAACCCUAUUAAAAGAUUUUUGGAAUAGUGAACCAAAGGCGUAUCUUAAUGAAACAGAACCAUCAAAAAUAAGGGAUAGUCGUAGUCAACGAAAACCACCGUUAGUAACUUCGACCAACGCUAAUGAUGGAGAAAAGGUUCGUUCACUUGUUUGUUGUGAACAACGACUUCUUGGAAAUGGUUCUAUAGCAGUUCAGGGAAAUGCUGUGUUGACACGUCUUGGAGAAUAUGUCUGUCGUUAUGAUGUAGAUGAAGUAGUAGAAAGAGAGUCUGGUAGUAAUUCUUUGCCAUCUCAACUGAUAGAUGAUCUUGUUCUUAAAUUUCUUUCAGGGCAAAAUACAGCUCUUCUUUCUGCUGAUAGUAGAAGUUCUGCCGUAACACCUCUUAUUCUCCGAAAAAUAGCGUAUCUCAUUUUAUAUAACUUAACAAUGGAUUCUGAGUCUGCACCAGCAAAUGCGGAAUUACUUGCAUCCAUAGCGCUUGUUAAGGAUGAUGUAACAGUUGAUUUAUUAGCUGAAGAUGAAGAUAAUAUAUUUCAUCGCUUUGAAGUAGAAACAACACCAAUAUAUGGUCGACGAUUACGUGGUGUUUCAUAUCAUAUUGUGAAUACUGCUGAAAAAUUUGACCAUCUUCUCGCUUUUGCUGUUGAUCGUGCUGCUCCCGCAUUACGAUCUGAAGAUCCUGGUAUUAUGGUAAUUUCUCUCAUACUUACACAAUACUUUGAAAAACCAGAGAGUGACGUGCUUGUAUCUUCUUUUAUGGCAACAACUGUAUUUGAUAAUGUCUCUCACUAUGCAGGAGUUCUUCAAAAUGAUCCCAAUGAACCAACAGAUCUUUUUAAGAAUGCACUUGGUGGUCCAUGUUUCACGGUUGCCAUGCUUGGUUUAUGUGAUGAAGAUGAGGAUGUAGGGAAAUUACUUUCUAUUCAAAUGGAAUUGGCCCAUAUACGUAAUCGUCCUUCACCUCUUGUAACUGUUAAGCAACAUAUACGAGAUUUAAAAAAAGGAAUUACGAUGCUUCGUAAUCAUGCAGAAUCAACUGAGGAUGAACAGCAAAAAAAUUAUAUUCGAGAAAAGAUUGCCCAAGCUGAAGGUUACCUUCGGGAAGCAGUGGAAACCCUGGAAGUUCCAGUGAGAGAAAAGGGUUUUGUUCCACUUGGGUCCCAAAUGUAG